AUGAAACCGCUCACUCUAUUAGCAAUCACGAUUGGUGCGGCGCAGGCGUCUGUCAGUCCAAUCAACAGCAUAUUUGGCCAAACAAAGACUGGCCUCGACGUCUUGAUUGCAUCCAAUUAUUCACAGCUUGCGAGCCGCAAGGUUCUACUCCUCACAAAUCCCACCGGAGUCACACCAGAGCUCAAUCUGGGCGUUGAUGUCAUGUUUGCCUCCAAAGCAGUCAACUUGGUGGGUAUAUUGGGACCAGAGCACGGGUUCCGCGGUACCUCGCAGGCUGGUGCCGGCCAGGCCACCUUUAUCGACCCGAAAACAGGGUUGAUGGUAUACAACGCAUAUAAUGCCAAUACGUCCACGCUGGUCAGUUAUAUUCGAGAUUCUGGAGCGGACCUGAUAUUGUACGAUAUUCAGGACGUGGGGGCCCGUUUCUACACUUAUAUAUGGGCACUUUAUGAUGUUAUGGUUGCAGCAAAUAUAGCCAGUACGUCUGUCAUGGUCCUAGACCGGCCCAAUCCAAUCGCUGGCAACAAUGCAUUCGGCCCUGUGCUCAAUGAAAGCUUUGUUAAUUCUUACGUGGGCCGUCGGUCCAUCUCUCAAGUGCACGGCAUGACAGUGGGCGAGCUGGCCAAAAUGUACGUUGGCCAAGGGUGGAUUGCAGCCACUGCCAAUGCGCAAACCAAACUCCAUCUUGAAGUCGUCACAAUGCAGAAUUGGCGACGCUCGAUGCGCUUUGAGGAUACUGGCUUACCAUGGGUGCUGCCCUCUCCAAAUAUGCCCACGGUAGAAACGGCCAUGAUUUAUGGCGGUGCUUGCUUGUUUGAAGGGACAAACAUGUCCGAGGGCCGCGGCUCGACACGUCCUUUUGAACUGCUCGGGGCGCUCUGGGCGAACGAAUCUUGGGCCGAUGCUAUGCGUUCCCUCCGCAUUCCUCAUACCAAUUAUCGCUUUCAGUGUUUUACUCCCACCACCUCCAAAUUUUCGGGCGAGAAUGUGUGCGGCCUGCAGGUGUACGUGGAACUCAAAGGUGAAUCCAGUCGCUUGGCGCACUUUGAUGCGCCAUUUGUUGGCGUCAGUUUACUCUACACGGCGAGGAAACUGUUUGGAAACGGCAGCACAUUGAAUAUGGGGUCCGCUAAUCAGUCAUUUGGCUUCCUCUACAACACACGCUCAAACACGUACAAUAUUGACGUGCUGGCAGGUUCUCCACUAGUAAGAGAGAGUCUCGAGAGAAACAUGACACCAGAGCAGAUACGAGACAAGUGGACGCCAAGGCUAAAUGAUUUUCGAGCGAUUCGAAAAAACUAUCUUUUAUAUGAGUAG